ACAGCACAGCCAGCACCAGCUGCGGCACGGGACAUGGAAUUUAGUUUACAUAGUUUACAUGCUUACUGCCAGCAAAAGUUGUUGCAAGUUUACAAUUUUCGAGAUCAACGAAGCUCUUGAUUUGGCGCUGGAAGCUAUUGACAGGGAGGCCAGCCGCACGCAGGAGGAGAUGAAGGAGUUGAAGGGGCAACAAAAUACUGAAAACAAAGUGCAUAUGCAGGAGGAGGUGAAGGAGCAGGAGCAGGAGCAGGUGAAGCAGGAUAAGAAUACGGAUGCAGAUGAAGAGAAUGUGGAGAUGAGGGCGGGAGAGGAGUCAAAUGCCGCGAUGCCAAAUAAAACCGAUGAGCAGAAAACGGAGGAGGAGCAGGAAAGACAGGAAGUAAAGGAACUGCAGACAGUUGAUAGACAGGAGCCCAUCUAUGAGAACAUCAGCUCGUCUAUAUCUAUACAACAAGUAGAUAAUGACCAAGCAGCGAUCACGAUGUUAACAAGACGAAGUCAAAGAAGAAGCAUUCCAAAUAAAAGCAACAAUAACAAUAACAAUAACAACGAGCAUAAUCAAACUAACAAUAAUAACAAUAACAAUAACAAAAACAACAACAGCAACAAUCAAAUUGACACCACAACAACAACAACAAUCAUAGCAGCAACAACUAGCGCUGACUUGGAACCCUAUUAUCAGGUACCGAAAGCAACAGAACCCUACUACGAUGCACCCAAACAUCUGCGUCCCAUACCCGUCUACGAGAACAUUGACGUCUUCUAUACGGGCCUGGAGCUGGGACACAGUGUUGCGUCAAUGGCGCCAGCGCUGGAGCCGCCCAAGGAGAAACCGCCGCCACCACCAAUUGAGCCGCCGACAGAUAUUGCGGCUGCUGCUGAUGAUGAGCUAGAUGCUGGCACCUGGUCAUCCGACAACACGUACGAAACCAUUUCCAGUAACACGCGUCGCCAGCUCCAGAGUCAGGCAGGUCAGGGCACGCCCAUAGCACAACCAUCGCCGCCCAUCAAGCGGAUGAACUCAACGAAGCGCAUCAAGAAGGAGCUGCGCAAUAAACGAUCCAGCUUCCUGGGCAUCGAGACUGAUGCCGAUCUCGAUGAUGUGGACAGCUACCUAGAGUUAACGGUAGCGCCGCCACCAGAUAUGGCCCAGCUGCUGCAGGAGGAGCGACGUCUCGAGAAACAGCUCUACAUUAAGGCGGCUCUGUGUGACAGUUCAGACACAGGUGAAAGUCGCGAUUCGGGUGUCUCGGAGAACCAUUCGCGGCAAAGCAGUGAGCACUACACCAACUCAUCGGAGGAGAACGACACACAGUCGGAGGCGACGCCGCCACCAAUGCCGCCACCACCAACGCAGUCGCUGGUGCCGUCGCAGCACGGCGAUGUCAUCUAUCAGAAUGAGACGCUGCAUGCCGCACAGACGCCGCUGCUGCAAACGGUAAAGGGCAACUCAGCGGAGUCGUGGACGGAAUCGGCAACAGCGGCAGCGGCCGCAACUCAAUCGCUGAGCGAGGCAACUGCCACGGCCAAUGCGAAGAUGCUGUCCAUUGAGGAGAAGAUACGCGAACAGGGCGAAGUGCUGCGCGUGGAGCGGGAGCUGCUGCAGUUUUCGCAGGAGGAGUUGAAGCGGCAGCGGGAGAACUUGCUGCUGCGCGAGAAUCUGGCAAGACGAGAACUGCAGCAUGGCGCCAAAAUGCUGAUGUCCAACAAUCGACGCUCGCUGCAGGAUUUGCACCAUGGCCUGGGCAUUGGCAAUGGCAUGCUGAGCGCCUUUCAGCCACCACAGCCUCAGCUGCCACACCCGCAACAGCAGUCAGUGCAACAAAUCUAUGCCAAUGUGCCACAACAGCAGCAGCAGCAGCAACAGCGGCCAGCGCCGCCAAUGCCACAAGCUCUUUCACAGUAUCACUACCAGCAGCUGGACACGGACUAUCGCAAGUCCAUGUCGGAUCUGAAUGAGUUCUCCAAGCGUCUAAUGUUACCGCCACCGACGCCGCCCACAAAGCCACUGCGCGCCAUGCACCUGACCACCAAUGGCCAUGGCCUGGAGCCGGAUUAUGCGGUCAGCAUGCGUCAGCGCAACGGCGUCAACAGCAAUGCCUAUGGCGGUUCUCUGGUCAAGAUUGCGGGCGCACCGAUGCCAGCAGCAGCAGGAGGAGCAGUUCCUGCACCACGGCUAACUGCUAAUCUGGCAGCCGCCUAUCAUCAUCAGUCGGCACAAAAUCUGAGCAACAUGUCGCGCAACACGCUGCUCGCACUGAGCGCCACACCCAAGCCCAAGUACACUGACGGCUGGGUGCAGGUGCAGCAGCAGCAACAACAGCAACGGAAUCUGGCCAAUGAUGCCGCUUGGCUGCAGAAGCGCAAAUCAAUGCCCGACUACAAUGGGGCGCUGUACAACAAUGGACAUGCCAAUCACUGGCUACUCCAGGAAGCCGAGCAUCGUCGCCUACUCGAGCAGCAGCAACAACAGCAGCAGUUACAGCUGAACAGGCGCUCCAUGCCCGUCGCCCCAUCCAAUGGCAAGCCGCUGCCCGAUUCCAUCAUCCAAACGCUUACAGAGCGCGUCCAGAGCAAGGGCAUUGGCGAACGCAAGCGCUUUGAUGGCAAUGGCAACUACAGUCUGUUGAAUAGUAAUGGCAUAAAUGGAAUAAAGCCGCUUGGCAACAACAAUAACAACAACAACAGCAACAGCAACAACAGCAGCAACAAUAGCAACAGCAAUAUCACUGCCAGCAGCAAUCAGGACAAGGUGCUCAGCGUUAGUGGCAAGAAGAAGUGCUCGCAUUGUGGCGACGAAUUAGGUCGCGGAGCUGCCAUGAUCAUUGAAUCGUUGCUGCUGUUCUAUCACAUCAACUGCUUCAAGUGCUGCGUCUGCCACGUGCAACUGGGCGAUGGACUCAAUGGCACCGAUGUCCGUGUGCGGAACCACAAGCUCCAUUGCCAGAACUGUUAUUCCAGCGACGAUGGCAUCAAAUUCAGUUGUGUCUAAGCUCUAAGCGGGACUCUGGACAUGCAUGCGUAGACUUAGAUUCAGUAGUUGUUAUAGCUCAUUUGUUGCAACUUUCGAUUGUUGUUGUUGUACUAAUACAUACAUAUAUACAUGCUUACAUACAUACAUACAUAAAUACAUAUAGUAUAUGUUAAAUGUUAAACAAAAUGGAACCAUAAAGUCAAUAUGAAUAUGAAAUGUUUUCAGCUUAACGUUAAUCAUCGAAUGCAGCGUUCAAUUUUGUAAAUUGCAUUAGAAUGAUAAUGUUUUCGAUUCGGAUUUUAACUUUUUAUAUAUUAUAUGUAUACAUAAACGCGAUAACGAUAUAUAUAUGUAUAUAUAUAUACAAUCCAAACUCUCUCGCUCUGAUGUUUUUUGCAAAAUCAAAGUCAAUUUUUUAAAUACAUAUAAUAUAGAUAAAGAUAUGUAUCUGUAUAUCAAAAAAAUUUAAUGUGUGUUGAAACAUAUAGACGAAAAAUUUCUAUGAAUGUUGUUAAAUUUUUUAAAUAUUGUAUAUUGCCCACAUUUACAUGCAUACAUAUAUAUAUAUACUUACAAACAUAUAUACGUAUUUAUGUAUACUGUACAUUAAAUAAUGUACAUGCUGAAUUGUUUAUUAGCAGAUGAAUUUACUUAUGCACAUUUUAUUUUUCAUUAAUUUAACAACACUGUAAACUACCUUUGAAGAUUUGCAACACGCCCAGCUCCUAAAUACCAUACGAAACCUUCACGACGUACCCAAUGUACCUAAAAUGAUGUAGUACAUACAUACAUACAUACAUACAUACAUACAUACAAUUAUACAUACAAACAUAAACGAGCAUACACUAACAAAUUUACAAACAUAUAUCUGCAUAACUAAAGCGAUUUAAAUUCUAAUUGUCGUUAUUAUUUGUAUAACUGGAAACAAAAAAUAUUGUAUUUAACAUAUUUGUAUUUUCUUAUUCUUAUUUAUUGUAAUUAAGCAUAAAUUUCAUGAAAAUGCAUGAAUGUUGUAAACAUUUCGGAAUGUUAUCAACAUCAUUCAAUCUGAUUUUGAUGCGCAUUAAUUUAAAUACCAAUUUUAACAAUUAAUCGGUAUGUGAAACACUUUUUCUGUAAAAAGGCAGCUUGAAUUUCGUUUAGUUUUAAAUAAAAUACAUACAUAUUUCAA